CGCCGUAAAACCUCUACUAAAACAAAUUAAAAGUUCUUGAGGAAAAUACAGAAAUACUGAGUACUUUAUGAAAAGGAGACACAGUGAUAAUAAUGUAUGACUUGCUUUGUGUUAGUGAAUAUUGAAUAAUGAAUGUUUCUGAUGAACUAAUCUAUUAAACAACAACAACAACAACAACAACAACAACAACAACAACAACAACAACAACAACAACAACUAAAACCCAAAAACAAAACAAAACAAAAUAUAAAACAACCAACCAAAUUAGUAUUCGACUACGGUGUUCGAACAUCAUAAAUACCGACUUUAUGCUUCGAGGGUUCGAUUAAGUUCCGUUUCCACAAAACAGCACAGCACGACUAGUGAUCGGUUCAUUCUGCUUCAGAGCUCCUCUUUACCGCGUGUUAUUCGAUUCAGUGAUCUUAAUUAUUGGUGUGUAUGUUAUGCGCGUGUUGUGUGCUUGAGUGGAAUUCCGUAAUAAGUUCUGAUCGGUCGGUCAGCCGAAAGAGCAAUCAUCGAGCACACACAAUGAAGCCUACCUCCUAAAGCUCCCAGGAGAGAGGAGCCUGGUGCCACCACUUCUGCUGGCAAAGACGGUCAGUUGAGGAGCCUGAGCCACCCCCAUCAUGCCCCUCACCACCACGGCAGCGCCCCCUGAGGUCACCAUCGACCUGGAUGAGUGGGACAAGUUGAUGAUUGUCGUCUGCGUGGCUCUCUUCCUCCUCCUCGUCCUCAUCAUCGUGGUGUGUGUCCUGAGUCCUCAUUGCUGGCUCUACGACUACUGUCCCUGCCAGUAUGCCAGUCGACCAGACAAAUCCACCGUCCAGCCGGUCUACGGCUCCAUACACGACCCUACGUCACAUCCGGCCACCAGGAAGGGUCAGUCCCUCAAGUCCAAAGCCGGCCAUAAAUGGCACCCCAUGACCCCGCUCCGCGAGUCCGAGCUCUCGGAUUGGUCAGACAUCAGCAUGCCAGAAAUCAUAGAGAUGAAACAGAGACCUACAUAAAGAUAACUCUGAUGUACGACGGGCGACAGCUCAAGAAAAGCAAGACUUCCGCGAAGGGGAACGAUCUGAACCCCGUGUAUAACGAGACGUUUGUCUUUGAUGUGCCUGCCUAUCAGCUGGACAAGGUGUACUUCAGUAUAGCAGUCAUUGGCGUGGAGAAAGACAAAGAAGACGGCCGACACUUACUGGGGCGGCUCUAUAUUGGCGUGAACUUUGACCCAGAUGCGCGCGCGCAGUGGCUGGAGAUGGUUCACAACGCACGCAAACAGGUCGCCUGCUGGCACAAGCUACAGAGCUAACCCCACGACUACUGUCUUUCCAGGGGUUGGAACCCCAACCCUCCAAUCGUUGGUCGAGUCUCGUUCAAUACUGUUGUUGUUGCUUUCUUAGGGAACGUUCCUUUUCAGCCGAAAAACUAACCGUGUGGUGAAGCGUGCUCUCUGGGUUUCGAACCCGGGACCUUGCAAUGGAUUCGUGUAUCUGUUUCUGAGUAUAUAUAUAUUUCUAGAAGACUAUCUUUUGGUGGCUUUAGAGCGAAGGGCAGGGCUGAGCUGGUCUGUCUUCUCGCAGGAUUUGAACACAAACCGUUUAAAUAGCUAUCCGAGUUAUACACGCUCCUUGACACAUUGAACCCAAUUUAGAUCCGAGCUGCCACGUUCUUCAAGGAAUUGGAACCUCAGACCUUCAGUACUUUGCCUCACCGCUGUGCAUUGGUUGUUUUAACAGUAGAUUAUAUUAUGCUCUUCGCUAUUGUUCGCAAAAGACGUUCAUUUGAUUCCUAAAUCGGAACGUUUUUCUUCAAAACAGUUUAGACUCCGAACAUUACCAAAGUGUCCAGUAUAAUAAUAUUAUUAUUGGAACAAAAUAAUAAUAGUUUGUUUUAGCUGGAGUUUCAUGGCACUUGCUGCACAGGUAUAGGUAAUAUAAGUGCCGAGGAAAAUGAUUUCCUCUAAUGUUUUAAGCCCUAAAUCCCUGACGUCUGUGGUGUAGCAGUUAAUCCCUGACGUCUGUGGUGUAGCAGUAAAUCCCUGACGUCU